AUGUUGAAUUUGCGCUCUCUCCACAAAGAGAACUACAGAAUUGAAAGCGAAAUCGGUCGAGGAAGUUUUGGAGCAGUGUUCAAAGCAUUUGACAAAGUAAAUAGACAGUAUGUAUGCAUUAAACAAGUAGAAAUUCAAAAUACAUCUCAAGCACGCCUUAACAAAGAAAUUGAUAUACAUAGUUCAUUAAAUCAUCCAAAUAUCGUUAAGUUCUACGGUACUUACACAGAUGAAUCCUAUACUUACAUUGUUAUGGAAUAUUGCCCGAAUGGAUCACUAUAUGACAGCGAAAAGUAUAGAAAUCAUCAAAUAUUCUCACUUGAUGAAGCUAGAUCCAUUUUAAACGAUUUAGGAAAAGCAAUCCAAUAUAUGCAUAAUAAAGCUUUUAUUCACCACGAUAUUAAGCCAGGGAACAUGCUAUUUGAUAAAAAUAAUCAUAUCAAACUAUGCGAUUUUGGAUUAUCAACAUCAUUAAAAGAUGUUAAUCCGACCAAGAAGGAUAUGUGCGGAACUCUUCAUUACAUUGCUCCAGAAGUUCUUAAACAGCGUGCUGUUUCACGUGCAUGCGAUAUUUGGAGUUUUGGUGUCAUUUUGUACACAUUAUUAGUUGGAAGAUUUCCUUUUGAAGCCGACAGCCAGUAUGAAAUGGCUCAAAAGUCGAUGUCUGCAGAUUAUUCCAUUCCUUCAUUUGUAGAUCCUGUUGCAGCAGAUUUAAUUAAUCAAUGUUUAUCAAUUGAACCAAAAACUCGUCCAUCUAUUGAUAAAGUGCUAGAGCAUCAAUUCUUUAAUCCACAACCAGAAAUCAAUUUUAAGAAUCCAGCAUUAAAGAAAGAUUUAAUCUGCCCAUUCUCUAAAGGAACUGUUACAGCAAAAUCCACAGGAGAACUUAUUUUAGAUCUUGAUGGAAGAGAUGAGAUCCUUAAAAUUCUACCUGAUGUAUCAGUUUUGGUUGUUCAAAGAGAUGGUAAUAUUUUGAAGCAUUUCGAAAUGCAAAACUUACCAAAAAAGUAUUUAACCAGAGUUAAUUUUGCAAUUGAUAUUGUUAAAAAGGCUCAGGCACAAGUUCCGAUUUUAAUAUGGCAUCAUACUCAAGGAAAAUUCGUUAUGCAUGGAGAUAUGUCCAUAAAGUUACUAAGAAAUAAUAUGUGGUAUGAUGUUGAUGAUAGUCUUCCAAUUAUUAAGUCUAUGAAAGAUAUUGUAUCAAUAGUGAAAAACUCAUCGGAUCCGCAAUUUCCUAUUAUAAUAGGAUCCGCUAAUUAA